AUUCUUUCAUCCGGUGUCCGCCAUCUUGACAAAUCGGAGCACUAAGUUGGGAAGUGACUCACCGGCAAGCCGGUAUUUUUCGUAAAAAUACCUGUUAAAAGACUACAGGACAUAGUAAUAUAAUUAGACUGGAAACUUUUUAAUUCAAAGAUGUCACAAAUGCUCCCGAUACGGUUUCAGGAGCAUCUGCAGCUCCAAAAUGUGGGUAUCAAUGCAGCAAACAUUGGGUUCAGCACCCUUACAAUGGAGUCAGACAAGUUUAUUUGUGUACGAGAAAAGGUUGGCGAUACAGCGCAAGUUGUCAUCAUUGACAUGAAUGACUCAUCAAACCCAAUCAGGCGUCCAAUCUCAGCUGACUCCGCUAUCAUGAAUCCUGCAAGUAAAGUCAUUGCACUAAAAGGGUCGGCACAGCCUGGGGAUCCUAAUGCUGGAAAGACAUUACAGAUUUUCAACAUUGAGAUGAAGAGCAAGAUGAAGGCUCAUACUAUGACAGAAGAGGUAGUGUUCUGGAAGUGGAUCUCUGUAAACACUGUUGCCAUAGCAACUGAGACAGCCGUCUACCACUGGUCAAUGGAAGGUGAUUCCCAACCACAGAAGAUGUUUGACCGUCAUUCAAACUUGGCAGGUUGCCAGAUAAUCAACUAUCGUACAGAUGCUAAACAGCAGUGGCUUCUGCUUGUCGGAAUAUCAGCACAGCAAAAUCGUGUUGUUGGUGCUAUGCAGCUAUAUUCUGUAGAGAGAAAAGUGAGCCAGCCAAUAGAAGGACAUGCAGCAGCAUUUGCAUCACUCAAAUUGGAAGGCAACGCAACACCAUCCACCCUCUUCUGUUUUGGUGUGAGAGGUGCACAAGGGGGCAAGUUACACAUAAUUGAAGUAGGUCAGCCAGCACAAGGGAACACACCAUUCCAGAAGAAAGCCGUGGAUGUUUUCUUUCCACCAGAGGCACAGAAUGACUUUCCUGUUGCCAUGCAGGUGAGCCAAAAACAUGGAGUGAUAUUCCUGAUCACAAAGUAUGGAUACGUUCACUUGUAUGACAUUGAGAAUGCUACGUGUAUAUACAUGAACAGAAUCAGUGGUGAUACCAUCUUUGUCACUGCCUCGCAUGAAGCAACUUCAGGAAUUAUUGGAGUAAACAGAAAAGGACAGGUGCUGUCAGUGAGUGUAGAGGAAGACAACAUUGUGCAAUACAUUGCCAACACGCUGCAGAAUCCAGACCUGGCCAUUAAAGUAGCAUCACGCUCAAACUUACCUGGAGCAGAGGACCUGUUUGUAAAGAAAUUCAACAUGCUGUUCUCCAGUGGACAGUACAGUGAGGCAGCAAAAGCAGCCGCCAGUGCACCAAAGGGUAUAUUGAGAACACCAGCCACCAUUCAGCAGUUCCAACAGGUACCAGCCCAGCCUGGCCAGACCUCUCCACUCCUGCAGUACUUCGGUAUCCUGCUUGACAAAGGCCAGCUGAACAAGUAUGAAUCCCUUGAGUUGUGUAGACCAGUGCUUCAACAAGGCAGGAAACAUCUUCUGGAAAAAUGGCUGAAAGAGGAAAAGCUUGAGUGUAGUGAGGAACUUGGAGACUUGGUGAAGAGUGCAGAUCCCACCCUAGCAUUGUCUGUGUACCUCAGAGCUAAUGUACCAAACAAGGUAAUUCAAUGUUUUGCCGAGACUGGACAAUUCCAGAAGAUAGUACUUUAUGCCAAGAAAGUGGGCCACACCCCAGACUACAUAUUCCUUCUGCGUAACAUCAUGAGGAUGAACCCUGAGCAGGGCCUCCAGUUUGCACAGAUGUUAGUACAAGAUGAUGAACCUCUCGCUGAUCUUAACCAGGUUGUUGAUGUGUUUAUGGAGGCAAACUUGAUCCAGCAAUGUACAUCAUUCCUCCUGGAUGCUCUCAAGAACAACAGACCAUCAGAGGCUCCGCUACAGACAAGACUUCUUGAAAUGAACCUCAUGUCGGCACCACAGGUAGCAGAUGCUAUUCUCGGGAACCAGAUGUUUACCCACUAUGACAAGGCACAUAUUGCUCAGCUUUGUGAAAAAGCUGGUCUCCUUCAGAGAGCAUUGGAACACUACACAGACCUGUAUGAUAUAAAAAGAGCUGUUGUACAUACACAUCUGCUGAAUCCUGAGUGGCUAGUGAACUAUUUUGGUUCAUUAUCAGUAGAAGACUCCCUAGAAUGUUUAAAGGCUAUGUUGUCGGCUAACAUCCGUCAGAACCUACAAGUGUGUGUACAGAUAGCGUCUAAAUACCAUGAACAACUAACUACUAAUGCCCUCAUUGAACUGUUUGAGUCAUUCAAGAGCUUUGAAGGUCUGUUCUACUUCCUUGGUUCCAUUGUAAACUUUAGUCAGGACCAAGAUGUACACUUCAAGUAUAUUCAGGCAGCCUGUAAGACCGGACAAAUCAAAGAAGUGGAGAGAAUCUGCCGAGAGAGCAACUGUUAUGACCCAGAGAGAGUUAAAAACUUCCUUAAGGAGGCUAAACUGACUGACCAACUGCCACUGAUCAUUGUUUGUGACAGAUUCGACCUUGUACAUGACCUUGUCCUAUACCUGUACAGAAAUAGUCUACAAAAAUAUAUAGAAAUCUAUGUACAAAAGGUGAAUCCAUCACGUUUACCAAUUGUUAUUGGUGGGCUGUUGGACGUAGAUUGCUCAGAAGAUGUUAUCAAACAACUUAUCUUGGUUGUGAAAGGUCAGUUCUCUACCGAUGAGCUGGUAGCUGAGGUAGAGAAGAGGAACAGACUCAAACUUCUGUUGCCCUGGUUAGAGAUGCGCUCACAUGAAGGCGUUGUUGAGCCAGCCACACACAAUGCUUUAGCCAAAAUUUACAUUGACAGCAACAACAAUCCUGAAAGAUUCUUGAAGGAGAACCAGUACUAUGACAGUAGUGUUGUAGGAAAGUAUUGUGAGAAGAGAGACCCACAUCUGGCAUGCGUUGCUUACGAACGUGGACAGUGUGAUAUGGAACUGAUCAAGGUGUGCAAUGAGAACUCUCUGUUCAAGAGUGAAGCGAGAUACCUGGUACGAAGACGAGAUCCAGAUCUCUGGGCAGUGGUUCUACAGGAAGACAAUGAGUAUAGACGUCAGUUGAUUGAUCAAGUUGUACAGACGGCUCUGUCAGAGACCCAGGACCCUGAGGAUAUCUCUGUGUCAGUGAAAGCUUUCAUGACUGCUGACCUGCCGAAUGAACUCAUUGAACUUCUGGAGAAGAUUGUUUUGGAAAGCUCUGUUUUCAGUGAACACAGGAACUUACAGAACCUGCUCAUCCUGACAGCCAUUAAAGCAGACCGUACACGUGUCAUGGAAUACAUUAACAGAUUAGAUAACUACGAUGCUCCAGACAUUGCUAACAUCGCUAUCACAAAUGAGCUGUAUGAGGAAGCAUUUGCCAUCUUCAAGAAGUUUGAAGUCAACACUUCAGCUAUUCAGGUACUUAUUGAGCAUGUGAACAACUUAGAUAGAGCAUAUGAGUUUGCUGAGAGAUGUAAUGAUCCAGCAGUAUGGAGCCAGCUUGGUCGUGCUCAGCUGACUGGAGGUCUUGUCAAAGAAGCUAUCGACUCAUUCAUCAAGGCAGAUGAUCCCACACAGUACAUGGAAGUCGUGAAUGUGGCUAGCAACAGUGACAACUGGGAGGACCUUGUCAAGUAUUUACAGAUGGCACGUAAGAAGGCCAGAGAGACAUUCAUUGAGACAGAACUAGUGUACGCUUUUGCCAAAACAAACAGACUGGCUGACUUGGAAGAAUUCAUUUCUGGACCUAACCAUGCUAACAUUACACAGGUUGCUGACCGUUGUUUUGAUGACAAGAUGUACGAUGCUGCUAAACUGCUCUACAACAACGUAUCAAACUACGCUCGUCUCGCCAUUACUCUAGUCCACUUGGGAGAAUACCAGGGAGCUGUUGAUGGUGCUCGUAAAGCCAACAGUACCAGAACAUGGAAAGAGGUGUGUUUUGCAUGUGUGAACAAUGAGGAGUUCCGUCUAGCCCAGAUGUGUGGUUUACAUAUAGUUGUGCAUGCUGAUGAACUGGAGGAACUCAUCAACUACUACCAGGAUAGGGGCUACUUUGAGGAGCUCAUAGCAUUACUUGAGGCAGCAUUAGGUCUAGAAAGAGCACAUAUGGGCAUGUUUACAGAAUUAGCAAUAUUAUACUCCAAAUUUAAACCUGAAAAGAUGCGAGAACAUUUAGAACUAUUCUGGUCCAGAGUUAACAUUCCAAAGGUCCUUAGAGCUGCUGAGCAGGCUCAUCUGUGGCCCGAGCUUGUGUUCCUUUAUGACAAGUAUGAGGAAUAUGACAACGCCAUCCUGACCAUGAUGAACCAUCCGACAGAAGCUUGGCGAGAAAGUCAGUUCAAGGACAUCAUCACGAAAGUUGCCAACAUUGAGCUAUACUACAAGGCUAUACAGUUCUACCUAGAUUUCAAACCUCUCCUACUGAACGACCUACUAAUGGUUCUUACCCCUCGUCUUGAUCAUACUCGUUCUGUUACAUUCUUCGAUCGUGUCAACCAGAUUCCUCUAGUUAAACCAUACUUACGGGCUGUGCAAAAGAACAACAACAAGGCCAUUAACGAGGCCCUGAACAAUCUAUUCAUUUUAGAAGAAGAUUAUCAAGGAUUACGUGCGUCCAUUGAUGCUUAUGAUAAUUUCGAUAAUAUAUCGUUGGCGCAGAGAUUAGAGAGGCACGAGUUAAUUGAGUUCCGUAGAAUAGCAGCUUAUCUUUACAAAGGCAACAAUAGAUGGAAACAGUCUGUUGACCUAUGCAAAAAGGAUAAACUAUUUAAGGAUGCAAUGUUAUACGCUGGAGAAUCUAGAAAUAUAGAGAUAGCUGAAGAUUUGAUAGCUUGGUUUUUAGAGAACAAAUACCACGAGUGUUUUGCUGCAUGUCUAUUCCAAUGUUACGACCUACUCCGACCAGAUGUUAUACUUGAAUUAUCUUGGAGACACAACAUUAUGGACUUUGCAAUGCCAUAUAUGAUACAAGUUAUUAGAGAAUAUAUUAGCAAGGUGGAUAAACUAGAGCAGUCAGAGUCUGUCAGAACUGAGGAAGAGGAGAAGGCUGUUGAACAACCCAUCGUCUUCGCAGAACCCCAGUUGAUGUUAACUGCAGGACCAGGAAUGAUGGGCGCCCCACCCCAGGGUGUCUACCCACAGCAGCCCGGAUAUGUUGCACCCGGAAUGCAGGGCAUGCCACCUGGAGCAAUGCCUCAACAAUAUGGCUAUAACAUGUAACUUUCUAGGAAAACGGCAAAUUUCCGUAGUUAUCAUUUAAACAUAAUUUGACUCUGUUCUGUUUAUAUCGAACAGAGAUAAACAUUCUUAGUCUACUCAUGAUCAUUAUAACUAGGAAAAAAUUGUUUGACUUUGGAGACGCUGUUUGGAAAUGCUGUUGGUGAAGGAUGAAUGGACCGAAGCGAAAGAAGGCAGUACCGAGAUGUUAUAAAAUUGUUCUAAGACGGGACCCAGUUUUGAUGUGUGCAUAUUUAUUGUUAUAUUUUGAAAUGUUGCAGUACUAUUGAGAAGUGUGUUUAUAAAUAUUGUUGUCAGUUAAAAAUAGUGUGAAUGAUGACGAAUGUUGAUGUAAUGUUAAUGCUUAACCGUUGUUUGUUAUGUGAAAAUAGGUGUAUAAAACCCUAGGAUGUAAAAAUUUUAUGGCUAAAUCGUGUAUAAAUCAUUUGUACACAGAAAUUUUAUGAGUUCAAUCAAGCUCAUUUGUAUAGCUUUUUUCAGGCAUUUGAUUACAUGCUGACCUCACUGCACUUAAUUGUAUAACUGCAUAACCAAAAUAGAUGUAGCUUAUGUAUAAGUUUGCCUAUCUUUGUUAUAUGCUUGUGUACAGAAGUUGCAGCAUUUUCAUCACAAAACAAAGAGUGAUUCCGAAUUCAUGUAGAAUAUUCCAGUUUUAUUACAGGGAUUAGGCUAAUAUGGAAUAUAGUUAACAAGGAAAUUCCAAUCAUAGGUUGUUUUUAGAUGUUAGUAUAGAUAAAUUAGCCUGUGUAACCAUUUAAAAAAUCAUGGCCAAGGACAGCCUGAAAUUUAAACUUCUGUUAUACAUUUUUGUUUGUAAUUUUGUUAUUUUAAAAGAUAGUUUUAUUUAUUCAUGCCUGUUUUAACAGUUUAUUUAUAACUGCCCCGUAUUAUUUUCUGACAGUAUAAAAUUCUUGUGUAUUCACCUCGUAUUGUGAUAGCUCUAAAGCUUGUUUCACCGGAGGGUGCUUCUACACUAAAUCUUAUAUCGUACACUUAAGAAUUCUUAUUUACCCAAAGGUGUUUGGACACUAAUUUUUUUAUCUUUCUUUAAGUGCUAAAUAGCAAACACUAGAAAGUAGUGCUAAAUUGCACUGGGAAGUUGCAUGAAGCAAUUUUAAACAGUAUGUAGCUAUAAUAUUGCUAGAUGAUUUGUGCAAUAAAGCUUUCUGGUGCAUUUAAGCAGCAGCAACAUUUUUGUUUCAAAUUAAAUUUGUGUCACAAAAUUUUAUAAGAAUAUGUAUGCAGAUAGAGCUGUUUAUUUAAACUGAUCAUUAUAUUGUACAACACCAGCAUGAGUUUAAUUGUUAGAGCACAUAUAUUAGAAAGGUAUUUCAUGUUGUUUCUAAACCUCAUAAGGAGUUUAUCUAUUUGCUUUAUCAGGUACCAUUUAAUGUCUAUAGAAUACAGAUGGUGGAGUGGAUUUGAGAAUGGUGUUAGGAAUUUUAUCAGUAUAUAAAGUAUUUGAUACAUUCUUGGCUUAGCUUUUGAAGUGAAAAGUGUUGUUUUUGGAGUUUUAUGUUAUUGAUUCUUAUUAAAUAUUGUGCAAACAAUGAUGUAUAUAAUUCUUAGACUAAAGAAAUGCAGUAUAAUCUAUAUGGUAAAUAUAUUCCCUUUUUCCCCCCACAAGUCAUUUGAAAUUCAUGUACGAUUUCAACCAAUCAAAAGCUGUGUUAGAAUGUAAUGGAACAAAAUUACAUUCGCUGUUUAUUAAGAUCCAAUCGGAUUCAUUGUGAGAUUUGAUUCAGUUGUGUCGUGAUUUCUGAUUGGACAGAAAUUUUAAUGUGUAUCAGUAUGAAAAUGAGUAUAGCUGUAAACAUGUAUUUCCAAUACACAAAUAGUAAUAAACAUGAAUAAUUGUAAAA